AUGGAGGGAAGCACAGCAAAUCCCUGGGCUCCAUUUAAUUCUCAGAUGGACUGGGAAGUUGCACACUGGGCAAAAGUACAAGGUCUGGGAUCAACUGCAUUCACCGAUCUCCUAGCAAUCGAAGGUGUCCACAAAGCACUCGGUCUGUCAUACAAGAACUCAAUCAAACUUAACAAGAUUAUCGAUACCAAAAUUCCAUCAUGUCAACCUGCUUUCACUCAUCAUGAAGCCUGCGUAGCUGGCGAAAUACAUUAUGUGGAUGCAGGCAAGACUCAACAUCUGUAUCAUGACAUGUGCACAGGUGAAUGGUGGUGGGCAACCCAAGAAGUCUUGGAACAAUCAAAACCAGGGGCCAUGAUAAUUCCCACCAUCAUUUCAUCCGAUAAAACACAGAUCACUUUAUUCCAAAAUAAAACUGCUUAUCCUCCCUCCCGCCGAGGUCAAAUUCUCCUAGCAUAUCUGCCAACAACGUGUCUCACACAAAUUGCUAACAAAGCAUCAUGGUGUCAGACCUUGGCCAAUCUCUUCCAUGCAUGCAUGUCACGCAUUGUGGAGCCAUUGAAGUUAGCCAGUAUGGAUGGCAUUGUAAUGAUGAGUGGUGACAGCAUCAUGCGACGCUGUCAUCCAAUCUUUGCAGCCUUUAUUGGGGAUUACCCUGAGCAGUGUCUUGUCACUGGGAUGAUGAAUGGAGACUGUCCCAUCUGCACUUGUCCCCGCAAUGAGCUUGGCGAACACCCCUCUCAACAUGAACUAUGUGAUCUUGACGCAAUUUUGGAUGCACUCGAACUUCUUGGAUCCCCACAGUAUACCCAAGCCUGUAAUGGCGUUCAAAUUAAACCACUUCAGCAUCCAUUCUGGGAAGAUCUUCCAUACCUCAAUAUCUUCCAAUCUAUAACACCCGAUAUUUUGCAUCAACUUUACCAAGGGAUAAUGAAGCACAUGAUCAGCUGGGUCACUGAGGUUGUUGGGGCUGCAGAGAUAGAUGUGCGAGUUCACUGCCUUCUGCCCAAUCAUUCCAUGCACACUUUCCAGAAAGGGAUCACAACAUUGAGCCGAGUCAGCAGUACAGAGCACAAGCAGAUGUCACGCUUCUUACUUGGCCUCAUCAUUGAUGUGCGGCUGCCAGGAAAUGCAUCUCCAGCAAGACUAGUGCGCGCAACUUGGUCCCUUCUAGACUUCCUUUACUUUGCUCAGCUCCCUGUUCACUCCAAUUCAUCAAUUGAUGCACUUGAAACAGCACUGGAUGAAUUCCAUGCAAAUAAAGGUGUCUUUGAGGACCUUGGUGUCCACAACAACUUCAACAUACCGAAGCUCCACUUUCUUCAGCACUACGCUGAAUUAAUCAAAUUGUUUGGCACAACGGACAACUUCAACACAGAGGCCACUGAGAGGCUUCAUAUCAACUUUGCAAAAGAUGCUUACACUGCCACCAAUCACAAAGACGAAUUUUGGCAGAUGACGAAGUGGCUUGAACGCAAGGAGAAGGUCUUGCAGCACACAAAUUUUGUCCUAUGGCACCACAAUUUGAGCAUGACCGACACAGAAAAUGUCAUUGUGGUUUCUCCUGCUGAACACUGGCAACCUCCAGACCUCGCAUGCCUCUUUCGCAUCAAGAUGACUCAUCACCCAUCACACAAGUUGGUUCCAUUCCGAGAAAUCACUUCUUUAUCUUCACAUGGCGCCACUCAUUUCAUUCCGGCAUUGGCGAGAUUUAUUGUCCAAUACAAUCACCCGAGACUGUCCUUCCAACAAAUUGAGGAUCGCGCAGUGAACAUUCAUCUGCCCUGUGACUCCGUACCUGUCUUCCACCAAAUCAAAUUCUGGAACGAUGAGAUACACGCGACCGAAACUCUCGACUCCAUCCAUGCUCAGCCAGCGGUGAAGAACAGCAAAGGUCGUGUUGUCAAAGCCGCUCGCUUUGAUACAUGCCUUAUACAGGUGUGCAAUCCUGAUGCGCCUCCCGAAUCUAUACAAGAUUUACGUGUUGCGCAGGUUCGCACAGUCUUCACUUUGCCGCAAACAGUAUUAAAACGGUACUUCGACCCUCAGAACCCUCCACCUCAGCAUCUUGCCUAUGUCGAAUGGUUUUCGGCCUUCAGUGCUUUACCAGAUCCACAGUCUGGGUUGUAUAAGGUCAGGCGGGUGGUUCGCAAUGGUGAACACCAAGUGUCAAUUGUGCCUGUAUCUUUAAUUUGUCGAAGUGCUCACUUAUUGCCUAAGUGGGGAGGAGCUGUUCCUGCAGAGUGGACGAGUUUAGAUGUUCUCGAUGCAUGCCCUUCAUUUCUUUUGAACAUUUUCAAAGACAUGUACACUUACUUCAAUGUAGGAUAG